AUGGUGGGCAAAGACUGCGUUGCCAUCGCCUGCGACCUGCGCCUCGGUCUGCAAGCGUUGACCGUCUCGAACAACUUCCCCAAGAUCUUCAGCUACGGACCGGCCGUGUACCUGGGCCUGACGGGUCUAGCUACGGACGUCCAGACCGUCAGCGACACUUUCCGAUAUAAAGUCAACAUGUACCGACUGCGCGAGGAGCGGAACAUUUCACCCCAGACCCUUGCCAACCUGGUCUCGAGCAGUCUGUACGAGAAGCGGUUUGGCCCAUGGUUUGUCAGCCCUGUCCUUGCUGGCAUCAAUCAUACCACGGGGAAGCCGUAUAUCUGCGGGUUCGACAGCAUAGGCUGCAUUGAUUUUGCAAAGGAUUUCAUUGUGGCGGGUACAGCGAGCGAGCAAUUAUUUGGAACCUGUGAAGGUCUAUGGGAGCCGGAUCUGUCACCGGAAGAUCUCUUCGAAACCAUCUCCCAGGCUCUCCUCAACGCCGUUGACCGAGACGCUCUGUCCGGUUGGGGCGCACACGUCUAUAUCAUCGAGAAAGACAAGGUCACAAAGCGGUUACUGAAGGGCCGACAGGAUUAG